AUGCGUUUCACUCUUGUUAUCGCCCUUUUGGGAGCUUCUUCCCUAGUGUCCGCUCAGGCUACAACUCCCUGGCAAAGGAUCUCGACCUUCCUUCGAGGCUCAAUCGAAAAUGCCAAGGCACCGUUGGAUGCACAAUUGAAACUUUUUGAUAAUCCCCCGCAGAAGCUCAACUUAAAGCCGUUAAGUGAUAUUCUCGAAGUUCAAGAGUUGGUCAAAGAGGCUCGCAACGUGUGUGGUGGUUUUCGACAACCUAUCCGUGACAUUACGAGUCAAGCUCAGCGACUUACAAAGCAAGGAAUGAAAGCGUCUGUGCUUCUGCGUCAAGGCCGUAUUCAGAAUUUGGAAGAUGCGGUGACAAGCGUCCAUCUCUUGAAUCGUGCAUUCACUUCGGCCUUCAGAGGAUUUCCGGCUCAGGUACUGCAGUCUUGUCGAGACGUAUUUGAUUUGUUUCAUUCUGCAGAAAAGGCUUUGAAUCUAGCCAGCGCUACCUGGACUGGCCUCGCCCAAGGCUCACGGACGAACAGCGCAGCGAUUACUGGCGAUCUCUGUCUAAUGGGCAGAUGGUACCUCCGCCUUUCACGUACGCGCCCCCAUCGGCUAAGAUGGCGGCGCGCUGUCCUUCUAUCUCUGGCCGUGUUCUUCAUAAUCGACCUCCUUCGCAUCACUUCCUACGGCCGCCCUUCCGUCCCCGAACCACGGUCAACACUAAAGAAGCCGAUACCGCAACAGAGGGUUUUUAUAGCAAGCAUUCAUUGGAACAAUGAAGCCAUUUUGAGGGCACAUUGGAACAAUGCCUUGCUAGAUCUCGUGCGCCACUUGGGGCCUGAGAAUGUGUUUGUAUCGAUAUUGGAGAGCGGAAGCUGGGAUGGAAGCAAAGACGCCUUGAGAGGCCUCGACGCCGAACUGGAUAAGCUGGGAGUGCAAAGAAAAGUGGUUUUGGAUGAGACCACACACGCGGAUGAGAUACGGCAUGCGCCUCCUCCAGGAGUCCCCGGGUGGAUCUGGACAUCCAGGGGGAAAAGGGAACUAAGACGAAUCCCAUAUCUAUCACGACUAAGAAACCGUGUGAUGGAAGACUUAUCUUUCCUGCAAUCCCAGAGAGGCCAUAGAAGAUUUGACAAGGUCUUGUGGCUCAAUGACGUUAUAUUUACUACUAACGAUGUCCUCAACCUCCUUGAUACACGCAGUGGAGAGUAUGCUGCAGCAUGUUCGUUGGACUUCUCCAAGCCACCACAUUACUAUGACACCUUUGCUCUUCGAGACGCUUCCGGGGCAAAGGCAAUAAUUUCCACAUGGCCAUACUUCCUGUCAUCAAAAUCCCGCCGCGCCCUUAUCUCUAAUUCUCCAGUGCCCGUAAAGUCGUGUUGGAACGGAAUUAUCUUCUUCGAUGCUACUCCUUUUUACAAUACACCUACCCUAAAAUUUCGGGGGACAGCUGACUCUCUCGCAAAUUACCGCCUGGAAGGCUCCGAAUGCUGCCUCAUCCAUGCUGAUAACCCACUUACCCCAACAAAAGGAGUUUGGUUGAACCCAAAUGUUCGCGUCGGGUAUAAUGAGGAUGCGUAUAGGCUUGUAAAUCCAUCGGCCCCGGCCACCUGGCCCAACCUGCCAGAGAGGGUCGGGGGAAUCUGGAGCAACAGAAUCGCCCGAUGGACAAAUAUGCCCCGAAGGACACUGGAAAAUCUAAUUGUGAAAUGGAGGCUACGCCGUUGGAAGGCUGAAAACAAAUCCGGCGUUGAAGAAAGUGGGGUACACUGCCUUAUCAAUGAGAUGCAAGUGCUUGUCUCUAACGGGUGGGCGCAUGUUUAA